UUCAUAGCGUCCGCCGAUCUUUUAGCUCCGCGCCGUCGAUCCGGUCGGUUGUGUUUUUCAUUCGUCCGAAAUUCGACCCAUCCACCAUACGCCGCGUGUCUCCCGUUAAAGUCGUCAAGUACAUAGUUUUACGUUAUUUAUUUCCGCGGACAUCGACGGGACAUCGAACGUUUUUUUUUUCAAUUUCGAUACUUGAUUUUUUUACUAUCAUAUAUUUUAUUCGAUUAUACAUCAGAUCCACGCGCACACAACUCUUACUAGUGUGGACCGCCGUCAAACACUUGUUAUUCGUAGUGUCGGACACUCGGAACAUGUGCUAGCACUUUUCAAUUUGUGAUUUACGCGAAAAUGACAUCAACAAAUUGUUUACCAAAUAUGGUUCAAGCUAUCACGGUUCUCACUGUUUUAAAAAUGCUAACAAACGCACAAACAACGUGCAAUCAAGGCGUCGGCCGAAUCGUUUACGAAAGACUACCAGACCAACAGUUACAAGGAUUCGACGACGACGUGGUACGCGACACGGCCCCGCCAUUCCGGGUACUGGAAAAGUGCCAAGAGCUGUGCUUGCGCGACCGCACGGCCACCAACAAUCUUGUACGAACAUGCACAUCAUUCGACUUCCAGCCGGGCAGCAGGAUCGCGUCGUUUAGUGGCACGGUCGAGUACGAAGAGUCCACGUGCUAUUUGACAAGGGAACAGGCGCACCCCGAAGGCAUCGGCGUUCUGGUGCUGGUGCCCAACAGCGUGCACUAUACCGAAGUCUGUCUGUCGUCUAGUAGAAUUGAAAGAGAAUGUCCGAACAGGCAUUAUGUUUUCGAAAGACACACCAGGAAGAAACUUAAGUUACCAUCUAGUGAAUACAAGGAAAUGAUAGCAGCCAACCGUACAGAUUGCGAAGAUAAGUGUUUAAAUGAAUUUACGUUUGUUUGCCGAUCGGCUACUUAUGACUCAGCUUCCAAGACUUGUUGGUUAAGCCGGUUCACCAGAAGAUCACAUCCGGAAUUACUAGAAGAAGAUCCUAGUUCCGAUUAUUUAGAAAACACGUGUCUCAAUGUCGAAAGACGUUGUGAUGGUCCGGUUAUAUUUGUAAAAGAAGAAAAUAAACGAUUGGGUGGACCAUUUGAAGUGGACAUAUUCGCCAAUCUAUCGUUGAUCGAAUGUCAAGCGCAAUGUUUACGAGCUGAAAAAUAUUUUUGUCGGUCAGUGGAGUACGACGAACAAAUUCGUCGAUGCAUUAUAUUUGAAGAGGAUUCGAUGUCACAGAAAGAUGAUUUAAGAGUGAGCAGUAGUCCGACACACGACCUAUACGACCUAGUCUGUUUAGACAACCCCAAGGGAAACGAGUUCUCGGACAACACGUUGACGUCACACCUUUUCGCUGAUGGACGACGACCGGAUACGGCAUUUCAACGGUACAGAAAUAGCAGACUCGGCGGUGAAUUUCAUUCGGAAAUUACUGGACGGUCGUUGAGUGAAUGUCUGGACGAAUGUUUGAGACAAGUGAGCUUUCAAUGCCGAUCUGCCGUCUACAGCGAACGUUUUAGAAUCUGUAGACUCAGUCGUUUCAACCAGAGAGACGGACAUCGUGUGAUAUAUGACGCAGAUUACGAUUACUACGAAAACUUAAUGAAUGGAGGUGCUACGUCACCGCCAUUCACAAGGCCUGAUCCUUUAGGCCAAGGAUCAAAUUUCCUAGGCAGUGGUAAACCACCUUAUCCAACACCUGGGAAACCAAUAGGAGGCGGUUUUGGUGGCGUUUAUGGAGGAGGAUCGUAUCCUGGCUAUUCUAGUACUGUAGGAAGUGGAAUUGGUGGAGGAGUAGGUGGAGGAGGAGUAGUAAGUUCAAGUAUUGGACCCUACCCAAGUGAAGCACCUGGAGGAUAUUGGGGACAUGUUGGAGGUCAUGGAGCGGACAUACCUCCUUUUCUGGGACAAGGAGGUGGAGGAAUAGGUGUCAAUAAUUAUGGAUUUGGAUCUACACCAGCUGUUAUUGGAUCUUCAAUACCACCCUACACACCUUCGGCUAUACCAGGUGGAUUACCACCAAUCGGAGGAUCACCUCUUGGACCUCCUUUAGGUAUACCUUCUAUACCGGGAUAUUAUGGCGGAGGUGUUGGUGGAAUUGGCGGAAAUGGGAUCGAUGCUAAUAGACCAUUCAACAUAAGAUGUGAUGACACUGAUGGAUUUAAACAGAUGGGUGUGCGAAUGCGAAUGGCAAGAGGAUUGAUCAAGCGUUUUAUUACUGCACCUACAUUAUCACAUUGUGAACGUGAAUGCUCGAUGGUUAGAGACUUUAACUGCCGAUCAUUCAAUUACAGAACCGCGCCAUAUGGGACACAAAGAGAAAAUUGUGAGUUGAGCGACCAGGAAACGCGAUUUGUUGAUAUGGGAAAUCCGGCAUUCUUUGAAAACGCGCCAGAAUACGAUUUUUACGAAAAAUCUGCUAUGGGCAGUAGAAGCAGUCAAGAAUGUUUGGAUGUGACCCAAGUAUGCAGCGAAGACGGAAUGGAAUUUACGUUGCGUACACCAGAAGGAUUCUUAGGGAGAAUAUAUACGCAUGGAUUUUACGACAGGUGUUUCUACAGAGGAAAUGGCGGAACUGCAAAUGUUUUACGAAUCAGUGGUGCACAGGGAUAUCCAGAUUGUGGAACGCAACGGUAUGGAGAUACAAUGACCAAUAUAGUUGUAGUACAAUUCAGUGAUUACGUACAGACCAGCCGAGACAAGCGAUACAACCUUACUUGUUUAUUUCGAGGCCCAGGGGAGGCUGUCGUCACUUCGAGUUACAUGACUGCAAAUUCUGGAAGUCCGAUUCCAAUUGAAUACUUACCAGCAGAGAAUUCGCUAAGUUCGCGUGUGCGGCUGAUGAUACUAUUCCAGGGCCGACCUACGCAAACCAUUGCCGUGGGAGAUCCGUUGACAUUCCGGUUAGAAGCUCAGGAUGGAUACAACUACGCUAGUGAUAUAUUUGCCACUAACGUCAUCGCUAGGGAUCCAUACAGUGGUAGAAGUGUGCAGUUGAUAGAUCGUUACGGAUGUCCCGUGGAUAACUUUGUAUUCCCCGGGCUGGAUAAGGCUCGGGAAGGUGAUGGAUUGGAAGCCAGAUUUAACGCUUUCAAAAUUCCAGAAUCGAAUUUUUUGGUAUUUGAAGCAACUGUCAGAACAUGUCGCGACGGCUGUCAACCGGCGUAUUGUACAUUGCACGCUGGGCGAACGGAACCGUCAUUAGGUAGACGUCGUAGGGACGUGGGUGGUACCGAUAAAAAUAAAACGGCAGUGGAAAAACCAAAAGAAUCAGCGGAAACGACACCAGGCGAAGAAGAGAAAGUGCGACAAGUCAUUGAGGUAUACGAAAGUCGAUACGACAUGCCUUUGGAACAACUUCUGACGUCGGAACCAGCACCCCAGAGCGUUUGUUUGACGAGCAGAGAAUAUUAUAGUAUGGUAUUUUCGCUGUUCAUGUUUUUCGUACUUUUGAUCACGGUAUCUAUGUCGGCCGGAAUAUACUACAAGCGCUAUUGGCUGUUGACGACAAAAAAUGAAUUAGCGAACAAUAGUUGCCUAGGAAGCACGGCCAACUGUAGCAACGAGUCAACGGGAAGAAUGUCAUUUUCGGGCCGUAGUUUCUUCUCGAACAUGUCAUUUGGAAAACGCAAACCGUUCCUAAACAUAAGAGCUCCGGUAGAAUCGAUGGAAACGGGAUCGACCAAUCCGACCGCGAUGAUAGUGGGUGGCGGAAUCAGUAGCGGUGGCGGCGGUGGCAACGGCAGCAGAAAAGGAUUUGAAGACCCAAGCGAACCGAUUUACACGGAUCCGUCGCUUUUCGAGCGAUCUCGGAGCUUGCGCAGCAUCGCGUACUCGUCGGCCGGUCAAAACGUAUUCAAAAACGAAGCCUUCUGUCACUGAUGUCGAUUACAUCCAUUUGAUUUAUAUAGAUUUAUACCUACAAAUUAUUUAUAUAUUUUUAUAAUAUGUAAUUUUUUUAUUCAAUGCGUCCAAAUCAGAUCGUCCACGUCAUAAACGCUAUACCGGUAAUGUGACGAGUUACUUCCUAUUCGAGUUUCGCCGAACCUAUCACAACAGUGUAACACGCGUACUAUAAUAUACCAAAUAUUAUGAUCAUAAUAAUAUUGUUUCGUCCUUCCUCGCCUAUCUAAUUGUAAUCGAAUGUAAUUUUUUUUUUGUGUGUGUGUGUGUUUUUAUCUGUCGAUAUUAUUUUUAUCUCUUAGGUUUAAAAAUUAAUCGCACACGUCGUUUAGCUACUAUUAAUUAAGUUUAUUCGCGCAACUUUUAUUUUUAUUUUAAUUCUUAGAUUUUUUGUUGGUAGUAGGUUAGAUAUAUAUUUAUGUAUAGAUACACAGUUUGAAUUCAACUUACGCAUGUUUGUUAUCACGUAUUUUAGUCAUCAUCUCUAUUAAAAUUGAAGCUUUCAUAGUAAUUUAAUACAUAAAGCUUAGUUUUAAUAUCACACGUUGAAUACAAAAUACUCUUAACACAAUAUUAGAUUUAAACGAUGGUAGAUUUAACGUCGUGUAUCCGUUAUAAUAAUAGUAAAAUAACUUUUUUUUUUUACUUAUUCAAUAAUUUUCACAAUCAAUUAUUUUUCGUAUGAUUUUAGUUUUGUUAAGGUGGACGUCAGGGGUGUCUCAGUAAAAAGCACAUCGUGUGGAUAUAAUACACUUCAAUUUGCCGAUUAAAAAUACAUAUAUCUAUAUGCAACAGCUUUAACUAUAUAUUUUCAUUGAUCCAUCGAAUAUUUUCUUAAUAUAUCUAAUACCAAAUUUUUUUUCUUUGUCCGGGUAAACAAAAUAUGCCUGUAAACAUUUAUGAAGGUUUAUGAAUAUAUUAUAUAUUAUUAACUAAACAUCAUGUGCUACACGACUGCUUUUCACUGAGGUACUUAUGGAUGUUAUUAUUUAUUAUAAUAUUGUUUUUUACAUAAAUAUUACCAUAAUUUAUAACUAUUAUUAUUUAUUAUUAUUAAUACAACUAAAUUAUAAUUGUUUAUUCAUCGUAGGUUAUUUAUUUUAUGAAUAAUUUAGUUAGGUAACCGUCACAGGUAUUAAAGCCAAUACAAUAUCUCUUUAAAAAAAUAUUGAUUCGUAUUUUUUGUUUAUACUUAAUAACUCUACAUUUUCACAUAAUAAACUAUUUAUAUUUUGUAUACUAAACACUAUUAAUAUCGACAAAGUAGAUAUUAAGUGGAUAAUACAUCCAUAAGUGUAUAUAAGUAUGCUGCUGUGAAUAAGGAAUUGUAGACAAUGUGGUAAGUAUAUGGUACAUGUUAAUAAAUUAAAAUUUUUUUAACGUUUUUGUUGAAUGUUAACAU